AUGGGUAGUAACAAUAGCAAAGAGUCAGAAGAUUAUAAUCGAAGGAAUAGAACUAAACCAAUAUUAAAGAAACCAACUGUCUAUCCAGGUACUUAUAUACCCCAGCAGACUGGUUAUCCACAAUAUACUAAUAAUUCUUCUAUACCAUACGAUACAAAUAAUAUUCAAACACAAGGUAAAAAUAAUUUACCUGAUAACUCUUUAUCAUCUCAUAGUCAUCAUUCACGACAUCGACAUCAUCGUCAUCGUCAUCAUCAUCGUCCACAAUGUUCUGAACGUGCAACACAAACAACUCCAUCUGUAUUAUAUCGAGUCGAUGAACGAAGUCAAAAACCACUUUCGAUUACAAAUGAUGGACGUUCUACUCCUGUUUUACUUAGAGAAAACUCACGUUCUACUCCUGCUUUACUUGAAGAAAGUUGGAGUUCUAAUUCACUUGAUAAACGUUCACCUGUUCCAAUUAAAAAAUCUCCACGUACCAUUUCAACUUAUAAAUCUACAUCUUCUGCUGCAGUCAAACAACUUUCGCCUGCUAAUGUAGAUAAAAAACAUUAA